AUCUAAAGCGAAGAAGAAAAGUUACGUCAACGUCAGGGAGAACAUAUCAGUUAAAGAACAAAAUGUCGGAAAGUUUCAGAGAGCCGUGCCCCUGGAGGAUUGUGGAUGACUCUGGUGGAGCUUUCACCAUGGGAGUUAUUGGAGGAGGAAUUUUUCAGGCAGUAAAGGGCUUCAGGAAUGCUCCUUCAGGGAUGAGCCACAGGAUGAGGGGUAGUUUGACUGCCAUCAAGACCAGAGCUCCAAAACUAGGCGGCAGUUUUGCAGUGUGGGGAGGCCUCUUUUCCAUGAUUGACUGUAGUUUAAUGAAAAUACGAGGGAAGGAGGAUCCCUGGAAUUUAAUAACAAGUGGGGCCAUGACCGGAGCUAUUCUUGCUGCAAGAAAUGGACCAGUUGCUAUGAUUGGCUCUGCAGCUAUGGGAGGUAUUUUGCUGGCGUUGAUAGAGGGUUCUGGACUCCUGCUCGUAAGAACUGCCUCUUUACAGUUCCCAACUGGACCCCAGUUUGCAGAAGAUCCCACCUCUCCUUUUGGCGACCACAAACAAUAUCAUUGAUAGGACCACCUCACUCCUUUAAUCACUAGACCAUUUUUUGAAUUCCUUGCUGAAGUUACAAAGUACACAGUAGAAACUAUACUCUCCAUCAUGAACUGCCAGAGAAGUGAAGGACAGUGCUUAUCUUCAUUUACCUUCUUUCACAAGCCAUCUACAGAUCUGCCUCUUGCCACUCUCUGCCUUGUCAUGUGCGUCAGCGUCACCCAGCACUCUGUGUUACAAACAUAGUGAAAUGUGUUUGAUAUGUGUGAGCUCGUGGAAAUGAGGUGUGCUUUUUGUUCACAUAUAGUACAUACCCAAUGAGAUGAGCUCUAAUAGUGCUGAAUCUCUAGAAAAAAAGAUAUUGCACAUGGAAAACACAUUGUAUUAUGUAUAGAUACAGUAAAGGCUUUCCGCUUGUGUUCA